GAUCUUCUCUCCAGCAGCCAGCCAGCAGGGGCAGCAUGCUGAUGCUAUAAGGCUGCGGCUGAGGCUUCCUUCUCAGACCGGCCAUUUAGUACCGACAACAUUUCUCAUAACGUUGCUGCCCGCCGGCGGCUCGAAUUCAACAGCGCGUAAAGUUUUCAGUUCGAAUUGUAACGUCUAGUCGAGCGGUCGUAGUAAUUACGAAGGAAUUUGUGUACUUCCUUUUCGAGGUGUCGUUCCCAUCGGAGGUCAUUUGUUUGUGAGAUUUUUUCGCAGCGUCAGUAAAGCACUUAUCGGGAUAUUUAAGGAAUGCCUGGAUAUGGCUUUCUCAAUGGAUGACGCGUAUUUCAGUCUCGAACAGUAUUGAUACAUCAUCUCAAACUAAGUGGUUGUUUUCGUUGUGAAGUGAUUUGUUGCAUAUGUUUCCUAGCUUCGGUACAAGAAAACGCGGAGGAGUGAGUUGAUGUCAUAGGACCAUAUAUUGCGGUCGAUGACGCUUGCUUAUUCAGUGCAAAUAUGAUACAUGAGUGAUUUAGCAGUAGCAGCUCAAGCGACCUGAAGAUACAUUUGAGAAACAAAGAUCAACAAUUGCAACAACAUUAAAAACAGUCGUUUAGAAUGGCAACGCAAACCAUUCCGAGUCCUCAGCCUGGAAGAAAUGCUGCCGCGAAUCCACAACUCAAAAGCCUGGUCUAUUCCAAGUAUCGUGAGCUGUUGGGUUCCUAUAAUGGCAAAGCGAACGAGAUACUGCAGUCCUAUCCGGCAUAUAUGGUGAAAGAAGACAAAGGAUUCGACUUCGUAGACAACUAUGGCGGUGCACCGCAAUCCACAAUCGGUAAUUCGGCAAGACGGAUACAGGCACAGUUACCAGCUGAACCACCGGCCUGCGUUCAGAAUGCCAUGAUGCGACGUGACAAACAACCAUUCACAUACACCCCCGGUGGCAUUGACCUAUCACAGAUCAAAUCACCUCGAAUGGCCAAACGAAUAUCACGGAACGCUCAAUCCGAAGGUGUGAGUACUCAACCAAAAGUCUCCCCACUAGCACAGAAUAAUAGUAAUAGUAGUAGUAGUCAACAAGCAGUGUCGCCAGCGGCGACUUUAGGGGCUGCGGCUAUGGGAAUGCCUUUCCAGGUAUUUCCCACAGGUCCACCAGCUCCACCCCCUCCACCUCCACCAAAUGUAGGCAAAAAGCCAACUAUUGGACAAACCAACGGUAACAGUGCGUCUGCUCCUCCUCCACCACCACCGCCUGUGCCUUCGCUUGAGAGAAAGACUCCAAAACCACAGACUUUCGAGCCUCCUCCAAUGGGAUGUAGGCCAGAAAUCAAAAUUCCUCCAAAUCCGAUGGCAAACCUUCGCAAGGCGCCUCGUCCUCAACCGAAAAAUGAUUUCUGGAUAGAGGAAUAUCGAAACGAAAGGCGCAAUGAUUUGCCGAACCCCGCCCAGCAGUUGCCUGUGUAUAAUACAAGAGAAGCAGACGAAGAAGUCGCUAAGAAUACGCAUAAUCGCACAGAUCAACUUACCGUCAGGAACGGUUCUCCUAAUCGCUCGCCAAGCCCAUCCAAUCUAACUAAACCGCUCGAAAACGGUUCACAUGUGUCGUCAAUAAAGACACCUCCAGUCUAUAGUCAAAGUCCAGUUCCACCCAACCUCCCACCACCUAUCACACCAACAAAACUCUCACAACCUCCAUCCUCCUUGGCCAUCAACUCCACAGCUAAAGUACAGCAACUAAACAAAGAACAGUCUCCAAAAACUCGACAUUCAUCGCCACCAUCAUCGUCUCCGCCAUCUCCGCCCAACAACGGCACGAACUACACAGAUACUUCCGCCAACAAUAACUCAACAACGGUUAAACCUCCCACGUCACAAAAACCCGCACCUCAAGCAUUAGGUUCUUUAUACAUACCUCCACCUCAUGAAGCGUUUGCAAAUAGCAAACAGAGUUUACUCAAUCAAACAAGCCCACCAUGGAUGUCAUCACGUCAAAACAGUGCUAAAGAACAGCCCGAAUGGGUUCAUAAAGAGGACCCAGAUUUUUUGGGAUCCAAACAAUCAUCGACGUCCAAGUCUAAUAGUAACGAAACCGCUACUAAAACUUCGGAACCUAUCGCUACAGCUCCACCAAGCCCGCCAAAACCUGCUCCAGCGCCAAAGCAACAGCAAGCCCCGCAAUCCACCACCAUAGUUAGUCGACCUCAGACAAUCGAGUUGUCCCCUCCUACUCAACCUGCAACAUCACAAACACAUUACAUACAGCUGCAGAAUCCAGUGGCCAAGGUCACACCACAACCCAUAGUACAGCAGGCGCCACCGGUCGCAAUGCAGACUGUUCGAAACUAUCCGCAAGCACCAGUCUAUGUGCAGAACCAAAUGUACUCUCCGCAACCGGCGGCGAAUCAGAAAGAACGUAUUAUACCAAUACAAAUCGAACAAUCCCCCAUUAAAACGCCUGUGUCAGCACCAAGUUUUGCACCACCACCGUACUACAGCCCUGGACCGCAAUACAACCCCGUUCAAUCGCCACUCACAGUUGGUUACCCAGGUCCACACAGUGGAUUCACAACGCCUACGGCGAUGUUCACUAAUCCGAACCACUUCGUUAAUCAGGGAUACAACAACAUCAGCUACCCACCAACAUCCCCUCAACAUCCAAUGUACCAACAGCAUCACCAGCACUAUCAACAGCCGUCUCCAUCAGUACAACAGCAGCAGCAGCAACAUCAACAGAUGAUGCACCAACAACGAAUGCAACAACAGACGCCAACACAGCAACCCGGAGGGGUACGAAUCAUACCAAUUAAGGUCGAAAACAACGACAAUGGCACGACGGCUACCACUGUGCGUGGACCUUUAUCUCAAACGCCAGCAAUCAUUCAAAGCGGUGAUCAUAGAUAUAUCAUUCACGACAUCCCGUUAGAAGCUAAGCUUCGUUUCCUUAAAAAUAGACUCAGUGAUCCGCGAAGCCACAACAAUCCACAAGCCUGGAAUGGGAAUAGUGCGCCCAAUCAGUCACGUUCGUUCAGGGUGCUGCAGCAUAUUACGGACACCAUGGAAGAUGCCGAAUCUAGGUCAAACCCAUCAACGCCAAAACCGUCAAGUGAACAGCAGAUCGGCAACCAUGUAGAAGGUGCAGAGAGUCAACUUCGUUCGAUGCAGCUAAGCAAAGACGACAAGGCGCUGAUGAAUCGGGUCAAAAAUCAAGUUGACGGGGAAGUGUAUCUUCACAACGAAGAAGAUCCCCGUUACCGUGGUGCCGCAAUACCGUCAAAGGCGUUCAGGUAUUUGCAGAAUAUAACCGACGGCGGGCAGGCUUCAAGUUCGAACAGUGCCGGCUCAACCAACCGGACCAAUCAAAUGUUUGUGCAGAAUCGUGGCAAUGCAACUGAGUCAGAGGAUGAAACGGCACAACAAUAUAUUCCACCGAGUGAACAAAGGGUGGAAGAACCGAAAAAAUACACCGGGAGUGCUAUACCGAGUCGAUCAUUCAAGAUGCUACAAGCAAUGACCCAAUCCGAUGCACCCGCCGAAACAAAUUCCUCUGACACAGAAGGUAAUCAAAAUUUACCAUGCAACGGGGAAGUCCAAUAUUCGCCAUACCCUUACUCACUUCAACCGCAUUAUUGUUGUAAUCCGAAUUGGCACUAUUACGACCCAAAUAAUCCUCAGUACUACCCACAUCCUCCCCCACCCCCACCACAUCAUCUACCAGGGUAUUACUAUCCUCCUCCUCCUCCACAUCCGCCUCAUGGUCACUAUGACCGGAACUCGUACUAUGCGAGCUAUAUGUCACCACAUCAUUUCUACUAUCCACAAGAACCAUGCUCACCAUGUACGCCGCCUCCGUAUUAUCAGAUAGGUCAACCACAGAUUGCGUACUGCGAAAAUGUCGUUCCCGAUUCACCUACCCACUCCUACAUUAUUUCAACGCCACCUCCGAGACUUAUCGUCACUCCAACGCCCGAUCCAGCGGACUCAGAUGUAGAAUCUAUUCUGAGCGACAAUCCAAUACAUCCUUUGACUCGCUCCCAAAGCAGCUUACAGCAUCUAUCAGACCGCCUCGCUAACUUCAGCGCAUCCCCAGAGAAAAUUUUCCCCAACGACUCGGAAACAAUGGUGCGCUGCUCACCCAGCAGUCCACUUAACGAAAGGUACCGCACCUUUGAAGAAAGUACCUCCUCGGCACCUUCCUCUCAGUCUGAAUGUUCAGACUCGGAAGAGGAAGGUCACAAUAAGCAGGCUCAGAACACUGUUGCCCUUGCACAAAAAGAGCCUGCUCAAAACGGCACCAAUGGCCAUGAAGAACACACUGAACAAGAAGAGGAAGAAAGCAGCGAAGAAAGUGAAGAUGAAGCUACAGUUGGCUACGAUAGUAAUCCACAGGAACAUUUACCCCAUCAGUUGAGUGUCAUUUUCGAAGAGGAGAGCGUCUAUUCGUGCUCAGCCAAUACAAGUCGAAGGGCCAGUGUGUGUAGCAACAGUUCAACACUAAGCGACUGUUCAUCAACCCUGGCCAAUGACUUGGAUGAAGCAGAUGGACAUUCGCAUGACAUCGAUAGUGUAAAACUCGACUGUGGCAAUCAAACGGAUGAUGACAUUGAUCGCUUAGAUGACUAUGAAUACAGCGCAAAUGAACAAACUGGAAUAAUAUUGGAGGAAACGCCUUUAGAUUCCGAUAACCGUGACAAGAUCAAUACUAGUGAUGAUUCGACCAGUGAAGCGGAAUCUGAAGAAGAAUCAACAACUGACGAGGAAGAGGAGGCUGAUGCAGUGGUGGAUGAUUGUGUUCACAAGAAUGAAGCCGAAAAUACGGCCUUAAUUAAUACUGAGGAAGGCUUAGAAGAGUUAAAACACAAAGAAGUAGAAAGUAGCGAAACCGAAGAAUCUGAGUCAGAAUCUGAUGAAGAAGAGGAGACAACAGAUGACGAAAUGCACACCGAUGUGACGGUUACAAUCACGAUACCAUCUAUGAGCAGCAAAUCAUUAAACGAUUUGGGUAAAGAAUCUAACUCAAUACACAAGGAAAACGAAGAAUCUAGGCCUACAUUUACUGUAGAUUACGAGGAAGACUCUAAUGUUUCAGUUUCUGUUUCGUUGCCAUUGAAAGUAAAACCAAUCACUAACGAGGAUGUCAACGAAGAAGAGGCGAAAAUCAAUCAUACUGAUAUGCAGGAAGAGUUAGAAGAAGUAAACGAUGAAGAUGACGAUGAAGAAAUUGACUUUUGGAGUCAGAUAGGCGAAGAAGAUGAAACGAGUCGACCGAGCAGAUCAUUCUCCAGAGACUUUUGGAGUAGUCGAGAAGCUAGCGUCGAUCGAGAUGGAGAAUUAAAUCCAGAUAUUGAUGGAGGAAAUAUUGACGACGAAGAUACUGAUUUCUGGAGUAGUGAAAAUUGCCCCACUGAAGCAAUAGAUCUGUGGAAGAAGGAUUCGAUCGUGGAGAGUUUUUUGGACCGCCAGAAGAACGAGAAUACAAACGAUACAUUAGAUUUUUGGCACAGUGAAAACGAAAGAAUGUUUGAUACCAUGUAUAGUAAAAAAGAUCAGAACGAUAAAGCUGAAAAAGACAGUGCCCCUAUAGAUGAAAAUAACAAUACAAGUACCUGGCAAAAAUUAGAAAAAUCCGUGGAUAAAGAACCAGAAGUUAAUGAACUUACUAAUAACGAUAGAGACGUAUCAAACGAAGCAACUCUACAGAAUGAAUCAGAGGAUGCAGAAACUGAAACAGAAAGCUCACAAGAAGAAAGCGAGGAUGACAGUGAAGAUUAUGAAACUACGAACACAUCUAAGGAGGAGUCGGACGCUGAGGAGAACGAAAAACAGACCGGAAAUAAAAUCCAGCCAGAGGUUACAGAACAAAAAGCUCCAGAAAUUGUGUUGAAAAGAGCUCCUGUUACGGAGAAAAUCGAACACAAGUGCAAUGGAAUGUUGGACGCGAUUAACACAACAUCAAAGGAGGAUGAUAAGAAGCUCUCUGUACGUGAUAGGAUAUCAAUAUUUGAAAACCAAACUAGCAAAUCAGAAAAUCGAGCCUCAACACCUUUACUAGAAGUUCCAGUACGACAGAAAACAUCAGAUUCUUGUAAUCGAUCGAGGCCAUCUUCAAUCAUUAAAAUGUCUGCAGAGGAAUCUGAAUUUGAAGACGAUUCCGGUAUGACGUCAGAUGUGAGCAAACAGAUUUCCGAAGUAGAAACAGAUACCGAAUGUUUCCCGGAGAUGCGCAAGAUGACGCGUUACCAACGAGCAGCAACACAUUCCAGAUUGUUCAAACUUUUGCAGGACGAAAGUAACAACGGUGAUAGUGACGAUGAGAAUGCCGAAAGGUUAGCAUCGAUUGAACAUGUAGAGUCGCAACCGGCGAAUGAGGAGCAAACUGUAGUCCAUCCUCGCCAUUCGAGUUUAAGCAAAUAUAAGGACUCGUCAUUUGAUGAUAGUUCUAGUGCAUCAAACACUGCCAGCGAUCGCAGAGAUCGCCUAUCACUGCCUAUCAGACAUCAAUCAUCAUCGGGUAUUGAAAGCAUGUCGUCUUCAACCUCAUCUGCAUCUCCUGUAUCAGGAGCGACGAACGAGAAACUUGCCGAAGAGUUAGUACAAAGUUUAUUGAUGAAGAAGAAAGGCAGAUUAUUCCGCAAUUUGCCAUUAGAUAAACUCCACGCCGCUGCCAUGAAAAUCUUGCAAGAAGACUUAGAGUCCAAUGGAACGCUAAGUUCAACCGAAGAUAAUAUAACCGUGGAUUCCACACCAGCUUUAACGCCUCAAGAGUUUAAAACAGAAUAUCAAAACUCAUACGCUGAUUACUACGAUACGUGGAAUGAAUCUAAUGGUAAGAAUUCGCCUUUAGAAUGCACUGCACCAGACGCCCUGCCAUCGAAGGCAUUUCGGAGUUUGCAAGACACAGUUAACCCAGCUACCCGGAAAGCCAACGGUUGGUCUGCGCGUUGCCCUCGAGUAUUAAGCAGCAAGAGUAUAUCACGGCUUGCGGAUGUACGGGAAACCGAUUCCGAGCCCAGUACCUACUCCCGUUCACGUCCACAAUCACGUGCAUCUAAUCAGUCGCCCUAUCCCACUUUGUCCGGACUGAUAGAAGAAUCCGCGUGCAGAUCGAAGAGUCCAUUCAAGCAAUCCAAGUUCAGCCAUUUCUGAACUACCGUAGCAAGAAGUCGUAUCAGAAAUAUGAAUCAAGACGUCGUUUGGUGACUUGACGAAUGAUCUUGUGUUGUUAGAGAAAUUGCGUUGAAGCAUUGUAUUGAGCGUUUAGCGAACUGUAUAUUUAUGAGAAAAGUUCAUGAUAACCGGUAGCAGGAAGCAUUCAUAACAAAAGCAUAUCAUCAAGAUUUCAGAAAAGCAGGUCCUGGUGAAACUGACUUCUGAUCACAGAAAAAGGAAGGAACCAUUUGCCAAUACAAACCGGCCGAAUCAAUGGUACACGGAUUCCUCCGCAUUGGCGCAUACCAUCAGCACAGGAAUUGUUGUAGCAUUUUAUUAGCUUUAUGGAAAUAAAACUAGCAUUAAACUUUUGGUAAGCAAAUCGUUGAAGCAAAGCAAAAAAUCACAUAAAAACAUUUUCCUAUUAAAGUUUUGAAUUUUUGACCGCAAUAUUUUUUAUUAAUUGUGCUAUAAAUUUUUAAACAACCAUUAAGAAAAAAUGUGUGAGUGUGAGAUCUCAAAUUUUAUACAAACAGUUGUGAUUUUGAUUCUGGCCUUAUUUCUGAAGUCUUGAUAAUGUUUUGCUUGAAUUUGGUUGAAUGCAUCGUCGUGAAGUUUCAAGCAACUGAAACUGCAACUGAAAGUAUCAAAUAAUGAAGCGAAAUAUGUCAAUGUAUUUGAAUAUAAGAAUAUAGAAUAUUGUGCUUAUUUUUGUUUGUUCUACAUAAAUGAUACACUAUUUAUUUCCGUUGAAUGAUAAAACAAUACCGAAUAAUAAAAAUAUUAAAAAUGAAACGAGAUAAAUUAGCUUUGCCAGGCAGAUUUAAUUCAAAGUGAGCAAAAUUAAUAAUCUAAAGCGAUCUAUUAACAAACGAAACAAUAGCCUGAACUGACAUGUAAAAUAAUUUAGCUGGAAAUAAAAUGUUAUCGAAAAUA